UUAAUCUUAUAUCCGGAAAUCUACUUCCAAAAUUAUAGAUAUUCUACUUAUAUGGUUUAAUGAAAUCGACCAUACAUGGCACUACUUACUAUACUUAGUAUUAGUAGUGAUUACUAUAAUUACAACACGUAGCUUCAUAUCACGUAUAUUUUACACCGUUCUCUCCUCACCUGAAUGAUAAAAUCAGAGGCUGCAGUAUUUAUCUGGUAUCAACUGUGAAGUUGUCAUUUUUUAUCUGUCAUUUUGUCGAUGUAUAAAUUAUAAUUUAUUGCACGUGAGCCGGUGAAGUUUUUGGUUCAGAAAAAUGUCAACACAAACGAACCAUGAACUAUUUGUACUCGGAGACAAUUUACUACCACUCUGUUUCACAAUUUACAGAGGAUCGAUGCUCCAAAUAAAGUAUAAUCAACUCGGUAAAAAGAUUGUGGAUCAUGGAGGAGUUUUUAAAGCCUACAAUGAGCAAACAAAGAAGACUUGUAUUGUACUGGUGGAUGAGGAUGACCCGACAUUUGAAGAGAAGAUAGAUAAUAUGUUUUCCAUCAAUUACAUCGUGCAUUGUAUCAGGAAAAAUAAAUUGUUAGCUCUAAAGCCGUACAGAAUCUCAAGGAAUAAUAAGAGUGUGGGCAAUAAAUCUGAGUCAAGACCAGUUUUUGGGAAGCGUUGCCCAGACUUUGAUCUUCUGACACUCACAAAGUGUGAACAUUUAGAAACACCAACAAUGGAGGAAGAACUUACAAGGCUGGAGACAAUAUUGAACAGUUGUUGAACUGUUAAUUCAUCUAUAGUCUAUUUUUUUACAAUCGAUAUUUUUUAAUAAAUUAUUUUUCUAAAUAAUUUUUUACAAUUAAAUUACUUAUUUCUUGUGACAUUAAGGAUUCUAAGAGUUAAGUGACAAUUUCAAAUUUUUUGCACACUGGUAUUGGAACAUAACAUGUAGUUGAUAAUAUUGAAAACUUGAAAGAGUAGACAACUACAGUUUAAAAUAGAAAUCAGCUGCAGAAACGACGUUUGACUUUCUUCUUCUGUAAAAUAGU